AAUUACAUUGCAAUUGUGAUAGGAUUAGAUAAGAUUACGGGUACGUAUUGUAUUUGUACUAGUAUUAACACGAGGGUAAAACUGGAAUAUGGUCCGGUCGAGCAGGAUCCGGAUAUUCGGCGGCAGCCCGAGGUUGGGGCGCUCCGUUAAAUAGGCGGCCACCGGGUCUCGAACCAACUAUCCCUCCAAAGAUAUACCGCGAGAUAGAAAAAAAAGAAAAACAACAGAUCUGCCCAUGAGUGAGGAACUCAACCGGGACUACGAGAUCGGGGAGGAGGUAGGGCGCGGCCGCUUCGGCGUGGUCCGCCGCUGCGCGUCCCGCUCCACCGGCGACCUCUACGCUGUCAAGUCGGUCGACCGCUCGCUCCUCGCCGACGACCUGGACCGCGGCCUGGCCGAGCUGGAGCCCAAGCUGGCGCAGCUGGCCGCCGCGGGCAACCCCGGCGUCGUGCAGGUGCACGCGGUGUACGAGGACGAUGCGUGGACGCACAUGGUCAUGGACCUGUGCGCCGGGCCCGACCUGCUCGACUGGGUCCGCCUCCGCCAGGGCGCGCCCGUCCCGGAGCCCGAGGCCGCCGCCGUGGCCGCGCAGCUCGCCGAGGCCCUCGCCGUCUGCCACCGCCGCGGCGUCGCGCACCGCGACGUCAAGCCGGACAAUGUGCUCCUCGACGCCUGCGGCGACGGCGAAGGCGGGCCCGUGCGCGCCCGGCUCGCGGACUUCGGGUCGGCGGCGCUGGUGGGCGGCGGGGAGGGCGCGCGGGGGCUGGUGGGCACGCCGCACUACGUGGCGCCCGAGGUGGUGGCGGGCGGCGAGUACGGGGAGAAGGCGGACGUGUGGAGCGCCGGGGUGGUCCUGUACGUGCUCCUCACCGGCGGCGCGCUGCCCUUCAGCGGCGAGACGGCGUCGGACGUGUUCGCCGCCGUGCUGCGCGGCAGCCCCAGGUUCCCGCCGAGGCUGUUCUCCGGGGUGUCGCCGCUGGCCAAGGACCUGAUGCGCCGCAUGAUGUGCCGCGACGUCUCCCGAAGGUUCUCCGCCGACCAAGUCAUCCGGCACCCGUGGAUCGUGAGCGGAGGAGGGGCCCGAGAGGCGGUGCAGCCAACCUAAGGAGGCCCGUAGCAGGCCCACGUACGUCGACUGUUCCCGUGGAGAGAUAACGUGUCUAGCGUCUUUGUAUAUGCGACGAGAGUGUGCGAAGUAUCAGUAGUAGUGGUGGUAGUAGAGAGCUUCUGGUGCCAUUGUAUAAAUCCAGAGUGCCGACGAGCCAGCCAGGGGUUCGGCUGUAGCUAUCUUUUCUUUUUCUGGGCUUUUUUUUUGCUGCCUUGGUUAAGAGAACGCCUGCCUGUUCUGUUUCUGUGUCUGAUGGGAUGCUGCUCAUGUACAAACUAACCCUGCCUGCUUGCUUGUAAAAAAAUCGAGUACCAGUACUAAAUAAGCUGAUCUCUGUUCCGUUUUCCCGUUA